UUGGAUCCGUGCUACAAUAACCUGGGACUAGGCGCCUAACAACAGCGAAAAGAUACCCCAGCCUGUACCAUGCAGCCCGGAGACGAGGACUCCAUUGGAGUAUCGAUUUUUCAGCCUUUUCAUCUGUAAAAGGGGUACUGUUGACCCCGUCCUCUCUUUCCACGGCAUUCGAACUACCGCAUUGGCAUUAAUUUGACAUACCUACACACGCACCCACUCACCCACCCACUCUCGAACAGCAAAACGGUUACAGAAACAGGUUUACCGUAGCCCACUCCGGUGGCACAGACGGAAAAGGAGUUUACUGAGGUUCUUUGGGUCAGAAGAUUUGGAAUCAUGGAUUUAUUUCCAUUUUCAGCCCGAAUUUAUUGGUGGAGGGUGUUGUUUCUCCUGAACGUAUUCCAGGACUAUUUGAGUACUCUUCUGGACUGCCCGCCGUCAUGCACUUGCUUCAACACGCAGAUCAAUUGCAAUAAGUCGGACGAAGCGAAAUUCUUUCCCCUUCUUGCUCAAGACACCAACGAAGGGAACAGCACAAACAUCACCUCCAUCAUCACCACCAUAAACAUUGAUGGCUGGUCUGGGCUGCAGGAACUCAGAGAGGUGGACCUGGAUCUCUACACUGGACUGCAGAGCCUAUCUAUCACCAACAGCAACCUGCGCUCCAUCUCGCCCAAGGCCUUUCAGCUGAACCCCAACCUACGGUACAUAAACCUGUCCAGGAACCCGAUAAAAAGAUUGCGCUGGUCCAUGUUCAAGAACCUGCAACUCACUGAACUGAGGCUUGAUGGCAUGCUGUUUGACUGUGGGUGUAGCAUACGCUGGCUGCAGCUAUGGCAACAGAGAGGAGAGGCGGGGCUUCAAAGCCAGCAGCUCUAUUGUAAUUUGAACACCACCACCAUCCCCUUGCAGGCCAUGAACAUCUCACACUGUGACUUGCCAGAGGUGAGCAUGACCCACACUAGCAUCACGGUAACUGAAGGAGACAAUGUGACCACGUUCUGUAAUGGGACAGCCACUCCAAUACCAGAGGUGGACUGGAACAUUAACGGCCUGACCUCAACUCAGAUACAUCAGGCACAUCUUGACAAUGUCACGAACAUUCAUGCAAUCACCCUGACUCUGGUCAAUAUCAGCAGAGAGGACAACAACUUCAUGCUGACCUGCGUUGCCGAGAACGACGUGGGGAUGACCAACGCCUCUGUCCAGCUCACUGUGCAAUUCCCUCCCACCAUCGUGAAGCUGGAUGAGCCCGAGCGCCGGCACCACACCUGCAUCGAGUUCACGGUGCGUGGCUGGCCGCAGCCGACGCUACGCUGGUACCUGGAUGACCAGGAGCUGGUCGAGACGGAAUACGUGCGGACGGAGAUGGACAACUACAAGGACUACCUGGAGGGCUGCCUCACCUUCCAAAACCCCACGCACCACAACAACGGCAACUACACUCUGGAGGCCAGGAACUUCCUGGGUGUGGCCAACAAGACUAUACGAGGGCACUUCCUGGAUUUGCCGUUUCCAGAAUAUGAGGAUUAUGGCACUCCUACACCGACCAUCACUGUAACACACCGGCCAGAUGAGGACACCUUCGGGGUGUCCAUCGCCGUGGGCCUUGCCGGCUUUGCCUGCCUUCUUCUCGUCAUUAUGUUCGUCCUCAUCAACAAAUAUGGCCGACGCUCCAAGUUCGGGAUGAAAGGUCCAGUGGCAGUGAUCAGUGGAGAGGAAGACUCUGCGAGUCCUCUUCAUCAUGUAAACCAUGGCAUCAUCACUCCAUGCACGCUAGAUGCAGGGCCUGACGCGGUGGUGAUUGGAAUGACCCGCAUCCCUGUCAUUGAGAACCCACAGUACUUCAGACAUGGACACAACUGCAACAAACCCGCCACCUACGUCCAGCACAUUAAGCGAAGAGACAUCGUGCUGAAGAGGGAGCUGGGAGAGGGGGCCUUUGGGAAGGUUUUCCUGGCAGAGUGCUACAACCUCAGCCCCACCAAGGACAAGAUGCUGGUGGCUGUCAAGACUCUAAAGGACCCAACGUUGGCAGCAAGGAAGGAUUUCCAGCGAGAGGCUGAGUUAUUGACCAACCUGCAACACGAGCACAUCGUCAAGUUCUACGGCGUGUGUGUGGACGGAGAUCCUCUCAUCAUGGUGUUUGAGUACAUGAAGCACGGAGACCUCAACAAGUUCCUCAGAGCCCAUGGGCCAGACGCUAUGAUCCUGGUUGACGGUCAGCCACUGCAGACCAGCGGCGAGCUGGGUCUGUCUCAGAUGCUACACAUCGCUUCCCAGAUCGCCGCGGGGAUGGUCUACCUGGCCUCCCAGCACUUCGUCCACCGCGACCUGGCCACGCGCAACUGCCUGGUGGGAAACGGCCUGCUGGUCAAGAUCGGAGACUUCGGCAUGUCCAGAGACAUCUACAGCACCGACUACUACAGGGUAAGGGUCGGAGGUCAUACCAUGCUGCCCAUUCGCUGGAUGCCCCCUGAGAGCAUCAUGUACAGGAAGUUCUCGACGGAGAGCGACGUGUGGAGCUUCGGCGUCAUCCUGUGGGAGAUUUUCACCUACGGAAAACAGCCCUGGUUCCAGCUGGCCAAUAACGAGGUGAUUGAGUGUAUUACUCAGGGCAGGGUGCUGGAGCGGCCGCGGGUGUGUCCAAAGGAGGUGUAUGACAUGAUGUUGGGCUGUUGGCAGAGGGAGCCCCAGCAGAGGCUCAACAUCAAAGACAUCCAGAAGAUCCUCUACGCCUUGGGCAAGGCCACGCCUGUUUACCUGGACAUCUUGGGCUAGCACUGCCACCGCCUGUCGGGGGCUUUUGUCCAUCUUUUCCGUCUGUUCCGUGUCUAUGAUGGCGGCUGACUCCUGAACAGCUUCUGCCUGGAUGCUGGUUACGUUCCCCCUACAGAUGAACGACAUCCCAGGAAUAUCCCAAAACAACACAAACCUUAACACUCCGCUGUCACACACGCCCUCCACACGGGGAGAGACUCAAGUGCCUGCUAAAACCUUUGGAUACACUGGAUAAAGUCUUUAAACAAAAGCACUUUUACAUUUUGUUUACCUGCAUUUAAAAAUGUACAGUUACACUGUAUGAAGAGGAACAGUCUGUCUUUUUUCGUAAAAACAACACUGUUCAAAGACAAAAAAAUACAAAAAAUUCAACAAAUAAUAAGAAAAAUGCUUAAGAUCAAAGAAAAAGAAGACAACACAGGAUUAAAUGUUGGCUUUUUCGUAUUCUGAAACGAUGACAUGACGAUUUAGCUCUCCUGUCCAAUCUUCUGUUUUCAUUUUAUAAGUAUAUAUAUAUUAUAUAUAUUUUUAUUUCCUUUUUUUGUCAAAACGUUUGGACGUCUGCCAUCCCUCUAGUGAAGGGCACACCCCCUUUUGAAGGAGACAGCUUGUUGUUGUCCAGUCAGACCAUUAGCAGUGACUUGGAGAAGCCUUACUGCAAUCUGAUUGACUGGGCCUUCUCUUUGACAAAGGAGGAAGCAUCAAACAGGGCUCUUGAUUCCUCUAGCAGAGAAAGCUUUCUAAUGAAGGGAAGAACUCCAUGUUGAAAAGGAGCCCCCAGUCAAACCAACACAUUUAUUUAAAAUAGAAUGUAUAUAAUGUAAAUCUGUGUGUCACAAAGCUACAGUAUGAUAACUUAUUUCCUAUUUAGAAUAUUUUAGUUCCUUGGUGUGCAGUACCGGUGAGUGAAUUCUAUAAAUAUUUUGAUAAUAUUGUUUUCUUUUGUUCUUUUGCUUUGUUCUUGUUGUUCAUGUUUUGAAAAUCUCCACCCAAUCAUAGAAUGUAUGUUUUAAUUAAGUUAAUCCCUGAGAGUUUUCUAGUUUGUUGAUUCCAUUGGGUGCGCGACUAAAGCUGAGCUAAGCUGCAAGGAUACUCAUGACCAGAAACUCACCAAACAUCCACCACAUUUACCAAACAUUCACCAGAAGCUCACCAAACAUCCACCAGACACUCACCAAACAUCCACCAAAUUUGCCAAACAUUCACCAGAAGCUCAACCACCAGACAUCCACCAAAUUUAUCAAACAAUCUCCAGACACUCACUGAACAUCCACCACAUUUAUCAAACAUUCACCACAUUUACUGUACCAAACACUCACCAAACUUUCACCAAACAUUCACCAGACAUCAAAAUCCAUCAAAAACAUUGAUCAAACAUUCACUGAUCUGAGUAUAGGGAUCUCAAUAUUGUAUGUUUGAUCAAAAAUGUACCAAACAUCCAUUGUUUCCAGUAGCUUACGUUCUUGUCUGAGGGGUAGAGGUAAGAACAUGAACAAACAUCCGCAGGUCACAAUAUAGCACUACUUCGACAAAUACGCAGCCUCUAGUCUUACAUGUCCAAGCAGACAAAUAGCCACAGGACAUACUGUAGUGUAGCAGCUUUUGCAUUGGGAUCACCAAGACAACCGUACCGUGUUAGUAUAAAAAGACAUGCCUCUUCAAUAUGUCUAGAGGUCUUUGAAGUGCCGCUUCAUAACGCUGAAUACAGGGGUUGCUGGUCUAAGUGCUUUGAGGUGUGUGACGUGCGCCGGGGGGUUGGGGCACAUGUUGGUGAACAUGUUUGUGUGCGCUGUUUAGUGUUCACCCUGAAGCUUUGCCGAUCGGUCUCUUCACCUCAUCCUUACAGGGCUCUCACAUUGCGCUGUUUGUUUAAAAAGAAGACUAACAGUGUCCUGUUGAGAAAAGACGCUGUACGACACUGCAAAAAGGUUAACAGUGUUUGCUUACGCCUGACUGCCCCACAGGUUUCACCUGCAUGAUAAUCCUCUUCAGUGUUAUUUUUUUCCCAGGAGAACCAAUUCAUUCAUUUUAAAGCAAUGCAUCAGGGACUAAAUCCCCUGUGUGACGGCAGCGUGUAGGACUGAUGUUGACUGUCUGACUCUGAUGCUGGUUGUAUUUCAUUCCUGAUGACUGUGCUGCACUGUGCACUUCCUGCUUUACCUUCAUGCCAUCUGGUUCCAUUGGACUCGUUCUAGAGGCUGCUUGUGUUGACUGCUGAUGGCUUCCCCCUUCAUUCUCCCUCCCUCUCUCGUCAUUAGUAACUUUCCAUCCUCUGUCUCUAUGGCAAUAGCAUUUAUUUGCAGUUUAAACUGUGCACAUACUGUAACUCCACCUUUGUAUUUCCUGUGAGUUAUACUGCACUCCAGAAUAACAGUUGUUGGAAGGUUUAGCAGAAGGGUGAUCUUUCAAAGAUGUUCGACGUACAUGUUUAGACCGUUUGGAUUUCAGUGAACACAAUGAAACAGAUGAUGAGUGAGCAACUCUGUUAAUUGAAUUGAAUUCCGUGUCGAUGAGUUAUAAUGCAAUAGGUAGGCCCUUUUAUAUGGAUUUGAGGCCAUCCUUCUAUAAUUGCACACUCAUAAACAUACAGUACACACACACACACACACACACACACACACACACACACACACACACACACACACACACACACACACACACACACACACACACACACCAUCACCACCACCAUUGGUUACACUAAUGGCAUAAAAAACAUUUCUCAAAAGACACAUUCUCUCUAUCCAUUGCCUGCAUGUUUAACAGGAGGCAAGUUGGCAAACAGACAGCUGUGAAUUAUUCAUUGCACGUUACUGAUGGAGCAGAGUACCCUAAGUCUCUCUCUCUAUCUCCCCCUCUCUCUUUAUCCUCUCUCUCUCUCUCUCUCUCUCUCUCACACACACUCUCUUUCUCUCUUUCUAUUCUGCUGAGUAGUGGACGUUCUUUCCUGGACGUGGACGUUGGCUCAAUAACACCUCAAUGAUACAUUCAUAAUGAAGUGGUUGCCGAGCUCGGCUAUAAAAUCUGUAGACUCAAAAAUGGUCAUUAGCAGUGGGAAGGUCCAUAUACCGGGCGGUGUCGGAGGGCAGUUAUCGAUUCAAGCACUUCUGGCUCCAUGAAGCUGAAAUGGGUUGCGUCACUUCUGGUCUAAGAAGUCCGUCUGGAGGAAAACUAGCUGUGUUUCUGUAGUUCUGUGAGUGUUCUGAAGAUAUGCUUUGGCAACAAUCUAUCCUUCCAUCCGUAAGAGUGCACAAAUGCUUGAGCUUCCUGCUACAUUAACCUUGGGAGGGGAAUAAGCAAGACAGACAGCAAUGUUUGUUGAUCUUGUCAGAGAGGCUUUGGGGCUGCUUUCCCUCACUGUUCAAUGUGUAUGUAUGUGAGUCUGUUUGUCUGUGUGUGUGUG